AUGUCUGAAGCGACCACCACACCUCGUGCAUCUGCUUCUGGAGGCAGAGUGCUGAAGAUGGUGACAGAGAUGGGCUCGGCCACAAUUGGCGGCAUUUCACCAGCUCUGUCAGCUAACGCUGCUAAAUCUUUCCUCGAGGCCACUGACAAAGAGAAGAAAGAACUUCAAGGUUUGAACGAUCGCCUCGGCAACUACAUCGACCGAGUGAAGCGCUUAGAGGAACAGAACAGGAAACUGGUCGCCGAUCUGGACGAGUUGCGUGGAAAAUGGGGAAAGGACACCUCAGAAAUCAAGAUUAAGUACUCUACAUCGCUAUCGACCGCUCGUAAAGACAUCGACGACUCUGCCAGAAGAAAGGCCGAGAUCGACGUCAAAGUGGCUCGUCUUCGCGACGACCUCGCCGAGUACAGAAAUCGAUAUGAGGACUCAGCACCGAGAGAAGCGGAUCGAGAGAAGAUCGCUCAGUGGACCAAUGCGAUCGCUGACGCUGAAAACGAGCUUGAGAUGCUCCGUGCCAGAUGGAAGCAGCUCACUGAUGAGGAGAAAAGUUUGAAUAACGACAACGCUCGCAUCUGGGAGGAUCUUCAGAAAGCCAGAAACGAUUCUUCUCAUGAAGAAACGAUGGCCGUAUCGAUUUCCAAAACCAAGUACAAACACUUAUGGAGGAACUCGAAUUCCUUCGCAGAGGUCAAGGAACUGCAAGCACUUCUCGCUCAGGCACCAGCCGACACCCGUGAAUUCUUCAAGAACGAGCUGGCUCUGGCCAUCAGAGACAUCAAGGACGAGUACGACUACAUCGCCAAACAGGGUAAACAGGAUAUGGAAAGUUGGUACAAGCUCAAGGUGUCGGAGGUCCAGGGCUCAGCAAACCGUGCUGCCAUGGAAUCGACAUACCAACGCGAGGAGGUGAAGAGAAUGCGCGACAAUAUUGGCGAUCUUCGUGGAAAACUUGGCGAUCUCGAAAACAAGAACGCACUGCUUGAAAAGGAAGUACAGAAUCUCAAUUAUCAACUUAGCGAUGAUCAACGACAAUACGAAAUGGCCCUUAACGAUCGUGAUGCCACUCUUCGCCGAAUGCGUGAAGAAUGCCAGACACUGGUUGCCGAAUUGCAAGCUUUGUUGGAUACCAAGCAGAUGUUAGAUGCCGAAAUUGCUAUCUACAGAAAGAUGCUGGAAGGAGAAGAGAGUCGUGUUGGUCUUCGUCAGAUGGUCGAACAGGUUGUGAAGACGCACUCGUUGCAACAACAAGAGGACACCGACUCGACACGUUCCGUACGUGGCGAGGUCUCCACCAAGACCACAUUCCAGCGUUCUGCAAAGGUACGGCGACGAUCGCCGAAUGCGAUCCUAAUGGCAAAUUCAUCACCCUCGAAAAUACGCACAGAACAAAGGUAA